GACUCUGCAGUGGACACAGCGAUAUGCUUUCAGUUCCUUCUCGUCUCCCGGGCUGCCCAACCACACCUCCGCUCCUACUGCAACGGAGGGCUACAAUUCCUCCGGCGAUUUUCUCAGUCCCUCUUCUCCGACGAUCUUUCUCAUCUCUCAAUCGGAUGGACCCUCACCACUCUCAAACCUCACUGUCUUGUUCCUCUCACCCUCAAAACAAUGCCUCCCCUCCCAUCACUUCCCCAUCAAUCGAACUUGGCCGAAUUGGAGAGGUGAAGAGAAUGACUAAAGAGACAAAUGUGUUUGUGAAGAUUAACUUGGAUGGUAGUGGGAUUGCUGAUUCCAAUACGGGCAUUCCCUUUCUUGAUCAUAUGUUGGAUCAACUUGCAUCACACGGGUUGUUUGAUGUGCAUGUGAGGGCCACCGGUGACAUUCACAUCGAUGAUCAUCAUACUAAUGAAGAUGUUGCCCUUGCCAUUGGAACUGCACUUCUGUGGGCUCUUGGUGACAGAAAGGGAAUUAACCGUUUUGGUGACUUCUCAGCUCCUCUUGAUGAAGCAUGGAUACAUGUUUCAUUGGAUUUAUCUGGCCGACCACAUCUAAGUUUUGAUUUAGACAUUCCUACUCAGAGAGUUGGGACUUAUGACACCCAGUUGGUGGAGCACUUUUUCCAGUCUUUGGUGAAUACUUCUGGCAUGACACUUCACAUACGACAGCUUGCAGGAAAAAAUUCUCAUCAUAUUAUUGAGGCAACCUUUAAGGCUUUUGCUAGGGCUCUCCGACAAGCAACAGAGUAUGAUCCACGUCGCCGUGGUUCUAUACCAAGCUCAAAAGGAGUUCUUUCUCGAUCUUAAUACGUGAAAAGCAUAAUGCGGAGGAUGGAUUAUAUAUCUUACGCUGGUCAUGCAGGACACUCCAGUGACCGUAUCAUCAUUAAGCAAACACUGAGGACCUCCAGGUUGACGUUGCCUGCGCUUUUCAUCCACUUUCAUAAGAACACCAAUGCAUUGAAGUAGAGCCAGAAAAUGUCAACUUCGCUUUUGCAUUAUUAUUCUGGAAUACUCAUUGUCUUCUCUCAACUGGAUGCAAUAUCUACUAGGAAAAAUAAAUUGAAAAUCGAAAUCCAUAAAGGGUAAGAAAUAAAAUUUGAGUUUAUAGGAAUAGGACAAGUUCGACUUGGCUAAGGUUUCCAAGAUAGGGUAGGAUUUGUACUUUUCUUGUAUAAAUUGCAGGAGCUGCUAAGGCCAUUACAUUAGUCUUAACCCAUAAAACAAGUUUCUAGUGUUGGUUUUCUCAAUGGCUUCCUCUCAUGCUAGUUUGCUCCUACAGAAGCAACUCAAAUAUCUCAACGAAACCCCGGUGGAAGGUUUCUCUGCUGGAUUGACCCAAGAAAACAAUAUCUUUGAAUGGACCGUCACUAUUAUGGGACCUCUCGACACCCUCUACGACGGAGGUAUCUUCAACGCCACCAUGAGCUUUCCAUUCGACUACCCGUUCAGUCCUCCCACUCUCAAGUUCACCUCAGAGAUAUGGCAUCCAAAUAUUUAUCCCGAUGGAACGGUUUGCAUAUCGAUUCUCCAUCCUCCUGGGGACGAUCCCAGUGGUUAUGAACUUGCCACUGAGCGAUGGAGCCCGGUUCACUCGGUUGAGACUAUAGCUUUGAGUAUAAUAUCAUUGCUAUGCAGUCCUAAUGUUGAUUCUCCUGCCAAUCUUGAUGCUGCUAUACAAUGGAGGAAGCAUAGAGAUGAGUUUAAGAAGAAAGUUCAACGAUGUGUUGAGAAAUCACUGCUAGCCAAUGGAAUUUAGAUGUUAGAAUUAACAAUAAUUAGUUUA